AUGGCAUCCGUCUUUUCCCCAACGACCAUGGCUUAUCUCGUUCGCACGACCAAGACAAGCACUAGUAGACUGACCCUGCCAGCACUAUCAGCGUGGAAGCCCAUAUCGCAGACCAGUCGGGUUGUCUCCAAUCGCUCUCGAGCCCACACAAUACAAAAGCCUCCGCACCAGCAUCUCCGCAUACCGGGUGCUCUGCGUGCAUUUCGUUCGACACCCACAACCAUGGCCAGCGCGUCCUCUUUGCUCAGUCAGUCUCUGACCCCAGCUCUGCUCGACGAUGUCCGCAGCUUCUGGUUUGACCAUCUCGACGGCGACGCGUCGCGAGUGCUACCGGGCCAGAGCGACAUGCAGCGUUGGUUCAUGCGCGAUGCCGAUUUCGAUCGGGCCUGCGUGGCGCAAUUCCGUUCCGCGUUAGAAGCCAUCAUUGAAUCUGGAGCUUCUGCUACCGACAUCCUCAACGCGGCCAACCCAGAUACUCCCCUUGCGUGGCUGAGCUUGAUUCUCCUCCUGGAUCAGAUCCCCCGCAAUUGCUACCGCGGAGACGAGGCCAAGCUAGUCUUUACGCGGUUUGAUCCCCUGGCCGAGGAAAUUGCUUUGCGUGCCAUCGACACGGGCAUCCCGACCCAAUGUCCGUCUGUGCGGUACCGCUUGGCGUAUCGGGUUUGGUUCCACAUGCCUCUCAUGCACUCUGAAAGCUUGAGGGUCCACGAGAAAGCGGUUGAAGGGUAUGAAAUCACCACCCGAGAUAUGGAAGAGUUUAUUGCUCGGGAUGUCCCAGGUCUUUCGGAGGAUGAAAGGAAAUGCCAUGACGUUUUAUCUAGUCAGCAAGAGGCACUCCGGGCAUUCUUGACCAAUACUUUUGACUUUGAAAAAAGACACAAGGUCAUCAUCGAGCGGUUUGGACGGUAUCCGCACCGCAACCAAGCGCUGGGCCGGAAGUCGACUCCUGAGGAGAUUGCCUAUCUUGAGAAUGGUGGAGAAACCUUUGGUUCGGGUUGA